CUCAUGUUCAUGUUGUUAAUGCAGAAAUCUGUAAAAUGCGACUGUCAAGGUGCCGAAAUUUUGGGUUUUUUGAGGAAAUUGAGGAAUUCUCAUAGUGGUGAGAGGCACUCCAAUCAUGCAUUAGCAGUUAGUGAUAUUGUUGCGAUAUUUGAGCCUUCACAGGGCGGUUUUGGACAUUCUAAGAAAAUAAAAACAGGCGAGUUGUUGACAGUAAUUACCUUACAGUGGCGUUGUUUGAUAUUGUGGGGUUUGGACAUCACGUUGAAAAUGACCAUGGAAGUGGAGGUUGAAGAGGUGGAUGCUAAUAAAAUAAUAGAUUUUUUAACAAGCAACGAAUCGAUUUGUUUCAAGAGCCAGCAAAGAGGCGAGGACGACUUAAGCAAGCAACAAAAAUGCGAUAUCGCAUUGGAACUUUACGCCAAGAGCAAAUUAAAUUUCCUCGUACGAUUCGGAAAAUACAUGGAGAAAAAUCAACUCGAUUUUUUCCAACAGUUUACGGAAAAUUGCGCCGAAUCGGCCGAAAUCAGCAUAGUCCUCAAGGACUUCCUUUCUUCCGUGACGAAAAGCCAACAAACGCAUGUGAAGAACCGAAGAUACGAAGCUUUGAAGGAGUUGAUUCGCGAGGAAUCGUAUUUUUCUGAAAUUGAGAUGAUGAAGCGCAAUCCUUUGCUUUACGAGCAAUUGGUUGGCCAGUAUUUGACGGAAGAUGAAAAGGCGGAACGCGAUAAAAUCAACAUUGAUGGAGAAGCGACUCUUGUUAAGGUUCUGAUUGAAGGGAUAGAGCGUGACAAUGCGCAAGUUAAAAGGAAGAAACAGGAGGAGUUUGAAGACGGGAUGAGGGAAGAAGACGAAAGUAGCGAUUCGGGGGAUUCCCCGGGAACGUCGAAGCAAACUUAUUCGCAAUGGGGUGAAUUCACCGACGAACCGAUCGUUAGAACGAUAAAACGGGUGAAGAAAAAACAUAUAACGCCCCAAGAGCAGUUGUUAUUAAAAGAGGAGUUUAUUUCGACCAUGUAUUUGGAUUUUUUGAACGGCAAAGACGAGGAUUUUGACUACUCGGCCGUUGAUAAUAACGAUAAGUACGAUAGCACGGAAACAAACGACAACGACGAGGAAGAUAAGUAUUUCGAUUCGGAAGAGCCGGCGACUGUGAGCCAAGUCGGUCAAGAGGAGUCCGAAGACGAAUUAGACGUUUUCAUGAGUGCCUUAAACCACCAGAAUCCCGUCGUUUCUCAAUUAUCCAAAGACAUUCAAAAGUUGUAGAGUUCCAGUAAUGUUCAGUGAAACUUGGUAUCAGUGCUGGCAAUCAGGUUAAUGGGUAAUUAGAGUAAGAAGCAGCCGCGAAUAGUUUGUACAUAUUUAGGGAACAAUUAGACGUUUCUCGUCGGACGUAUUCCGGGAGGAAGGACAGUGAAACGUCGGUCCAAAACCGAAAAACGUGCCCCGUAAUAAAUAAUAAAAGAAAGUGCUUUAAAAUCGUCAAAAAAUGGCUAGAGACAUUUUACUUUCGUAAACUCGCAUGUGUCAUACAUACAUAAUUUUCUUUUUCAUUAAGAAAUGUAAAUUAGAAUCCUGCCCAUGUUAAUGAGUAAACAAGCGAUAAAUAUUCAGCAGGGGUCAAACAAAGAAUGUCGGAAGCGAACAGUGGACAGUGUCCAAAGAGAAAGUGGGCAAAAGCUUCGUCAAAUUCAAACCCGAUUAGGCAGUGUUUGGCCGUAAUUGGGUCGCUCCUGCGCGGAGCCUCCGCGGAUAAUCCUCCGGACUUAAUUCCGGUUUUCCGGUGUGAAAAGCACCGCUUGCCGCAGACACUCCAAAUUACAUCAGCUGGCUUCACAAUGAAGAGUCUUUGGAAGUGAAUGAGUUUGUUAGGGAGGAGGGCAUCAGGUCUAGAGAAAAUAAAGAAAAGUGGGAGGGAGGGGGUCAUGUCGGUAAUUCUCUGGUCUUGUGUGAUCAGUCUUCACAUAGAGUGUUUACGAACAACACACAAUCGAAUAAUUAACAAUAGUGUUCGAAUUCUAGUUUAAACUAACAUGUGCUCUACCCUCAGCUUCGGGUAAUCGCCUAAUUCAUGGACAAGGAGCAACCAAAACACUAAGGUAUUUUUUAAUCGCCCGUAAUUAUCGCUCGUAAAAUGCAAUUUGAAACGUCUGCAAAAAUUUCCUUAAACAAAUUGAAGUCAAAAGUUCAAAUAUGCAUUAAUUGUGUUUUAAUUGCAAACUCGCAUGACGGACAUUCUACCCCACAUUGCCUCCGAUUUUUUUCGACCAAAUCUAAGCAUGAAAAAAUACCGUUCUAAUUAAAUCGAGACGUAUCACUUUAAUUGACCCAAAUGAAUUAUUUCAAAGUGUUAACUCAGAUAAAACUAAUUAGAUCUUAAUUUAUUGUAAGUAGACUAAAUUGAUACACUCUCCCCUACUGUAAAGCAGGUUUUUAUUAAUAAAACUUUUAUCGUU